UUUUAAAUUUACUAUUUUCCUUAAAAUUUAGAAUUAUUAACAGAUUAAACUGAAAUUUGACAUCUAAAAGUUACAGUUUAUACAUAUUAAACCACAAUAUCCCAAAGGGUAUAACAGAGUAUCUUCACUAUGCCACUAGAAGAAGGGCGGUUAUGUAAGGCAACUUUUGCCCUGAGCUGAUUCUGGUUCCCUGAGGCCCAGUUUGGAUGUCUGCCUGGUGUGGUCAGAACCAAAGUGGGAUUCACAGGUGGAGCCACCAAGAAUGCUACCUAUCGAAACAUUGGAGAUCAUACAGAGAGUAUCAGUUUAGAGUAUGAUCCCAAUAAGAUAAGCUAUGGUGACCUGCUGAAGAAAUUUUGGUCAUUUCACAAUCCAACCUCAUCUCACGGAACCCAGUACAUGUCAGCCAUCUUUUAUCAUAACACUAAACAGAAAUUAGAAGCAGAAGAAUCAAAGAGCGAGCAGCAGAAGGAAAUGGUACGACCAAUAGUUACUCAGAUAAAGAAAGCUGAUACCUUUUAUGAUGCAGAAGAUUACCACCAAAAGUACCAAUUGAGAAAGUAUCAUGAGAUAUUAGAUUGCCUCAAUCUAACUAAUGAAGAGCUAAUUACCUCCCCUAUUGCUUCCCGUUUAAAUGGUUACCUAGGAGGAUAUGGAUCAGUCAAAGCUUUUGAAGAGGAAUGUGAAGAUUUAGAAAUUCCACACAAAGUCCGAUCCCUAGUGUCCAGGAAACUGAAAAAUAAGCUUUAACCAGAUGGAAUGAGACAUUGAUUUAGAGUCACACUUCUAUGUAACACUAAAUUGAAUUGCAAGCAUUGAUGUAACAGUUUUUUUCCCCCAUACUUGUUAUUUUUUUAUUUGAUAAAUAAAUGACAAUGAAAUUUACUGCAAUGUUAGAAACUAAUGAAUGAUUUUGUUAAAAUUUGUUGAUUAUGAAAAAUUACCAAAAAAUGGACUGGAUUAACUUAAUAAUGAAAUGAAUACUUGCAGUUUAAGUUUAACUAAUUAUUAUCUAGAACAUGGCAUUCAACUGAUUUAAGAGUGACAUUGAUUUAUAUUGUUUUAUUGUUGAAUUUUGAAUGAUUUGCAGUGAAACUUUGUGUGUUUUCAUUAAAGUCUGAAUAAGCAAAUUACCCGAAACCCAUUGUUCAGUAUAAGAGAGAAAAUAUGCACGAUCGUACUUCUUUAUACAAUUUAAAAAUUUACAUCAUAGAUAUAGUGUAUGAAAAACAUAGGUAAACUUUUACUGAAAAGCUUGAAAACACCAAACCAACAUUUAGCUAAGUAAGAAAAACCAAAAAUAUUAAAUUUUAAUGUACUUAAGAUUAAAAUAAAUACAGGGUAUCCAUUACUGAAAUACAAUGUGUCUUGGAGAAAAUUUGCCUAAUUUCUAGGCAGUCAAAUUGAACAAAGCUUAAAUUUUGCAAACAAACCAUUACUUUAUUAAACUUUUGUAUAUUUUAUUUGGUGAUGGGAUCUAUAUUUCAUAUUUUGUCAUAGUUUUUGUGUCUAAAAAUUCAGGUUAUCUGGAAUAUGUUGUUCAUCUUUUUUUGAAAAGAGGAUGGGAUCAGUGUGGUCUGUUAUUACUGAUAACUUUUUUUUAGAAGUUUCUGUUAUCCUUUUCUAUUAUGUCAUUUAAUCAAACUGAUUAAAUUCAUAUACUGUUGUUAUAACAUGAUCUUAGACAGUUAUAUUUUGGUCAUUUAUGAAGAUCAUAAAUCAAAUUUAUUUUAUGAUUGGAUGUUAAGACUGAUUUAUAAUUUAUAAUUUUGAAUACCAUUGUGAUAUUAUCUAUAUCUGUGAUAUCAAUAAAAUCUUUUACCACAUAA